AUGAUUAUUAAAACGUUAGAUAUUUUCCUAGUGUCUCUCCCAUUAGUGCAGAUAGCAGGAGGGCACUGCUACCUGCUCGGGUUGACCUGCGCCAACGAGCCUCACGGCAGGUCUGUCUGGUCCAUUGGCUGUGGUCUGGGCGGCAAGCUAGGCCACGGCACAAAGUACGACGAACGCCGCCCGAAAGAGAUCGCACACUUUAAAACCCUAGAGUUCACCCCCACAGCCGUUGCUGCAGGCGCAUGGCAUGCUGCUGCUGUUGCUGCUGACGGGAGAGUUGCCACGUGGGGGUGGGGCAGGCAUGGGUGCCUGGGGCAUGGGAAGGACCAGUGUGAAACGCUGCCCAGGGUUAUUGAGAGCUUGUGUAAAACGGAGGAGGAGGGGGGUAGGAGUAGUGGGGUGAGUGGAAGGGGCGGUGUUGGCGUUGGUGCUAAUGAUGCUGCUGGUUCUGGUGGUGCUGCCUCUACCUCUGCUUCUGCUGCUUCUCCCUCUGCUGCUGCUGUUUCUCCAUCUGGAGCUGGGGCGGGUUUCAGCAAGGAUGACUCGCACGGUUCACGUCGCAAGCUCCGUCCGGCUGUGAAAGCAUGCCACGUGGCAGCAGGGGAUUACACGACGUUUGUGGUGGGGGAGGGCGGCGAGGUGUGGUCGUUUGGGAGCGCGGAGAGCGCGUGUUUGGGGCAUGGGGGCGGGUGGGAGAGGGAGGAAGAGGAGGAAGGCGAAGAGAUCGAUGAUGUUGAUCUGCACGAUAUCGUGGUGAGUAGUGUGGUGGGUGUAGGGUCAUGGGUCAUGGCAGAAGGAGAGUACGAAGAAGACGGGGAGGUGGACGAUGCGGACUUGCAUGACAUCGUGGUGGCUGCGGCAGCACCGGAGGCGCAACCGGGAUGUGAUGCAGCCCAGGCGGAUGUCUCUGAGCUGCUCAUUCCCCUGCUUCUCUUACCCCUCCUGCAUUCCCUCUCCCUUACACUGCCCACUUCCCCCACAUUCUCCCAGCUGCGGCAGCACCGGAGGCGCAACCGGGAUGUGAUGCAGCCCAGGCGGGUGUCUCUGCUGGAGGAGCGAGCUACCCGCUUCUCUUACCCCUCUUGCUCUUCCCUCUCCCUUACACUGCCCACUCCCCCCACAUUCUCCCAGCUGCGGCAGCACCGGAGGCGCAACCGGGAUGUGAUGCAGCCCAGGCGGGUGUCUCUAUUGGAGGAGCGAGCUGCCCACCCCCCGGCUCCUCUUCCCACUGCCCCGGCUCCUCUUCCCACUGCCCCGGCUCCUGCUCCUGCUGCUCCUGCUGCUCCUGCCGCUCCUGCUGCUCCUGCUGCUCCUGCCGCUCCUGCCGCUCCUGCUGCUCCUGCUGCUCCUGUGCAAGGGCGGGUGUGA